AUGAGAACUCUCAGGCAGAGGAUAACUGAACACAUGGUGUCUGUGAGUGAUGAAUCAAGUGAAGAUGAAGCGGAAAUUAAGUGGGAAGAACAGCAAAUAAAGAAAGCUGUUAAGCUCUCUCAGGAAAUUUAUGAUGAUGCUUCCCUGCGUAAAUCUCAACCAGCUAAACCAAAGUUUGAUCCCUCUGUUUCUCUACCACCUGUCAAUUUGGAAAUUGUGAAGAAGCGACUGACUGAAAGGAUAACAUCAUUGCAGGAUGUGCACCGUGCUCACCAGAGGGAGUAUGAAAAAUGCAUGGAGGACAUUGAAAGUUCAAAGAUGACUGUGCAGGAGUUGGAGAAGUCUUCAGAUGCAGCUCUGAAUUACAAAUUCUACAGAGCCAUGAAAACAUAUGUAGAAAACUUGAUAAACUGUUUGAAUGAAAAACUGAAAUACAUUAAUGAGCUAGAAUUGGCUGUACAUGUACUUCUUCAGCAACGAGCCAUUGCAGUAUUGAAACGAAGGCAAGAGGAGCUGAAAAAUGAAUCUGCUUAUAUUCGACAUCUGACAAGUGGGACGGACAAACCAACUAACGGCGGUUUGGAAGGUGAUGAGAAGACACAGCUUCUCGAAAUGUGUGAACAUCGAAGGACUUGCAGGCGGCAAGUGAGAGAGCAUUCAGGAGAAGGUGAUCACCAUGAAGGUAUGUCGAGUGAUGAUGAGCUGACUUCGACAGAGGUGACUGAGUUCCAGAAGAGCAAAGAUAACGUUUUAGAGGAUAGUAGGAAAAUCUUUGAAGAUGUACAUGCAGAUUUUUGUGACAUCAGAAAAAUCCUGUUGAAAUUCCAGGAAUGGAAAGAGAAGUUUCCUGACUCUUACUGUGAUGCUUAUAUCAGUUUCUGCCUGCCUAAGCUGUUAAAUCCAUUGAUCAGAGUUCAGUUAAUAGAUUGGAAUCCUCUUGAGAAUUUUAUGAAGUUGGAAGAGAUGCCCUGGUUCAGAGCUAUAGAAGAAUUCAGUGAUGCCAAAAAUGUAUCUGAACCAAAAAGGGAUGAUGAUACCGAUCAAGAAGUUUUGCCUAAAGUGAUUGAAAAAACUAUUCUUCCAAAAAUUACAG